AUGAAGCAAGUAGCUGUUAUCCUUUUGCUUGUGGCAGCAAUCGUUGCCACCAUUUACAACAAUGAACGUAGCGGCAGUGUAGCACCAGUCGCAGCCUCCACUCCUCAAGUUGACCGUCAACUAGAAUUGGUAGAGGAAGAAGAACCUGCUACUGUUGCUACUCCAUCUCUUCGAUCUCCCGUUGUUGUGGUAGAGGAACCAGUUUUUGUAGAGGAACCAGCUGCUGUUGAAGAACCAGCUGCUGUUGAGACUCCAUCUGCAUCAGCUGUUGAAGAAGUAGAAGCCAUUGAGAGUGCCGUUGCCGAAGCCAUCAAGGUUACUACUACCGAAGCUGCUCCUUUGGACCCUGUCCAACAAGAAGAAGAAGAAGCCGCGGACGAGGGAGAGGACCGUAAACUCCAGGUUUCUGAUACUAGCGGUGGCGCUGAUGGUGAUCCUCACUUCAAGACCUGGAAGAACGAGCACUUUGAGUACCACGGCCAAUGUGACAUGGUUCUCGUCAAGGACCCUAACUUUGCCAAUGGAUUGGGAAUUGAUGUCCACAUUCGCACCAAAUUGGUGAGAUACUGGAGCUACAUCCAAGCCGUUAGCAUUCGUAUUGGUAACGAUAUCAUUGAACUCCACGGGUCCUCUGCCGAGUAUGACCCUGAAGUUCACUACUGGUUCAACUAUGAGUUCCAAGACGAAGUUGAGACCAUGGCUGGAUUCCCGGUCACUCUUUACAACAAGAAGUCCAAAUCUCACAAGACUAGCAUUACCAUUGAUUUGAGCUCGAUCAGUCCUGGACAAAAGAUCGUUCUCAAGACCUUCAAGGAGUUCCUCAAGGUCGACUUUCACGAACCUGCUGCCAAGGCCUUUGGCAACGUGGUUGGUAUGUUGGGUGACUUCAACACUGGCAAGACUUUGAGCCGUGAUGGAGCCACUGUGAUCGACGAUUUCACUGACUUGGGCCAUGAAUGGCAAGUCCUUCCUGCCGAUGGACGCUUGUUCCACGAAACUUCGGUGCCUCAAUACCCUGCCAUGUGUAUCGACCCCGAGGAUCCUCGUGGAGAUCGUCAACGUCGCUUGGACGAAUCUUCCAUCAAGGAAGAGGAUGCCGAAGCUGCUUGCGCUGGACUCAAGGAUCCUUUGGACCGUAAGGACUGUGUCUAUGAUAUUCUUGCCACUCAAGACUUGGACAUGGCCGGAGCCUUUUAA